ACGAUUCUCAUUUUUUAUUCUUCUUUCUUGUUCCAGAAUUUCCAAAAUAAAGGAAAUUGUGUUUUUUUCUUUCCUUUUUCCUUUAAUUCCCUGUAUUUAUUUAUUUCUAAACGCGAUUUCCCUUAUUUUUAUUCUUGGAAUGUCAAAGAUUGCAGACAGGAAGAAUGCAAAGGGCGCACCAUUGAGUAGUCCCGACAAAAAGUGGAGCGUCGUGCUCAUGUGCCCAGACUGCCGCAAGGAGCCACCCAACAUUGUUGAGGACUUUGCCUCGGGUGACCUGGUCUGUGGCGACUGCGGCCUGGUUCUUGGAGACCGUAUUAUUGACACUCGUUCCGAAUGGCGCACCUUUGCCAACGACGAGGGCGACGACCCCUCUCGUGUCGGUAACGCUGCCAACCCGCUCCUAGACGGUGACCAGCUGGACACAGUCAUCUCUCGCGGUGAUGGUGGUUCCGGACUGGCUCGCAAUCUCAACCGCACACAGGGCCGCACGACGGCCCAGAAGCACGAGAGGGACCUGGUGCAGGCAUACAAGGAAAUAUCAUCCUUGUGUGAGGCAUUUGCCAUGCCAAAGUCCAUCAUUGACAUUGCAAAGGGCUUGUAUAAAAAGGUCGAAAAUGAUAAUUUACAGCGCGGCAAAAACAACGACGCGAUCAUUGCUGCCUGUAUCUUUUUAGCCUGUCGUCAGGACAAUGCUCCGAGAACAUUCAAAGAGAUCUGCACACUGACAAAGGUCGACAGGAAGGAUAUCGGAAGGACAUUCAAGUUCUUGAAGACCAAGCUGGGCACAGACUCUGGCAAGACGUCGUCGAACGAUCUUAUUGAGCGCUUCUGCUCGAACCUCGGCUUGGACCAGGAGACCAGGAGGAUUACAAAUAUUUUGACUGGUGUGGCCCAGGAUAUCGAGAACAUUUCUGGAAAGUCACCUGUUUCCAUUGCCAGCGCUUGUAUCUACAUGGCGUCGCACCUCACAGGCAAUGGCAGGGACGCAAAGGACAUUUCGAGGAUAGCUGGUGUUGGCGAGGCCACAAUUAGGACGACCUACAAGAUCUUGUACCAGAACCGCAAAGUUUUGCUGACUCCCGAGAUCUUGCGUGAGGGAUCCACCGCCAAGGAGUCCAACCUAAUCGGCCCAUGAGUGGAAUAUGAUUCCACGACCGACGCGAAUUGCACUGUUCUCUGUGUGCAUCUUUUUUUUUAUUUUUUUAAUGUCAAUAGUGUUUUUUGCAUGGAUAAACAUCAAAAGAGUGACA